GGGAGCUCCUGCCGUAGCCGCGCCCCAGGACCCCGGCCGCGUCGCUGAGGCCUGAGGAUGACGACCGCGGCGAGGCCGACCUUCGAGCCUGCGAGAGGGGGUCGCGGGAAAGGCGAAGGGGACUUGAGCCAGCUCUCCAAGCAGUACUCCAGCCGCGACCUGCCUUCCCACACGAAGAUAAAAUACCGACAAACCACUCAGGAUGCCCCUGAGGAGGUUCGCAACCGUGACUUCAGGAGGGAGCUGGAGGAGAGAGAGCGAGUCGCGGCACGAGAGAAAAACAGAGAUCGGCCAACUCGGGAACAUACAACCGCCUCUUCAGUGUCAAAGAAGCCUCGGUUAGACCAGAUUCCCGCUGCAAACCUCGACGCGGACGACCCUCUGACAGAUGAGGAAGAUGAGGACGAGGAUUUUGAGGACGAGGGUGAUGACGACGACACUGCGGCCCUCCUCGCGGAGCUGGAGAAGAUCAAAAAGGAGAGGGCGGAGGAGCAGGCCAGGAAGGAGCAAGAACAAAAAGCUGAAGAAGAAAGGAUUCGAAUGGAAAAUAUCCUCAGUGGAAACCCGCUCCUGAAUCUGACCGGGCCAGCCCAGCGGCUGGCCAACUUCAAGGUCAAAAGAAGGUGGGACGACGACGUGGUGUUCAAGAACUGCGCCAAGGGCGCCGACGACCAGAAGAAGGACAAGCGGUUCGUGAACGACACGCUGCGCUCCGAGUUCCACAAGAAGUUCAUGGAGAAGUACAUUAAAUAGCGCAGUUUUAUGUGCUUGACGCAAGACUGAAUCGGAGCCCUUCCCCGUUUCACGGGGCGACGCGUCUCCCCGCCCCCGUCGUGCCACCCCCUCGCCGUCCCCCGCCUGCCCCCGGCGGUCUGUCCCCGUGUCCACCCUCUGCGUGUUUCUGGUCGUGUCCCUCGCACCGGGAGGGUCUGCUCGUAAUAAAGCUCUAGUGACCGGCCAAAAAAAAAAAAAAAAAAAAAGAGUAAAGGGUCCUAGUACUGGUGAGGGGGGAGGGCCUAUGGGUAAAUCUAUGAACUUGGAUGGGAAUAAAAUUUCAAUUUAAUUUUCAUUAACUCCUAAUUGCAAUUCAGCAUUUUAAUCAAUUAUAAAGAUUACAAUUUCAUUUUCAUUAACCUCUAACUGAAAUUCAGCCUCUCUUAUUCAAUUAUAAAGAGAGAUUAUAUCGAAUUUUCUAGUGUAAUUUCUCUAUGAAACUUUUUGGGUUUCAAACUAAUAUAACUUAGAAUGGCCAAGAAAACUGCAGAAGGAUCUGAGAACUAGUGGGUGCCUUAACUCCUAAGUUGACAAAACAAACCCAGUUCAAAUCUGCUCUGAAAGCAGAAGAAGCCCCAGCUGUCCAUUUGACUUAAAUAAGCCAGAAAAAGUUGAGCAACAGGCUUUGCCUGAAAAUGAGAUACUUAUGGCUACUUGCUCUAGUAACUAUAAGCCAUUCAUGAUUUAUUUAUGCUAAGUUACUCAAGAAGUUUUGAGAACCAAGGGACAGAAAUUAGAGUGUUCUUUUUCCUCUCUCCCCCACCAAUCUAACAAAUCAUACAUGGCUAUCUUAACACCCAAGUAAAUAAAGGGGCAAUAAGUCCCUACAGAAACCACAAGUCUGACAGCAACCUAUGUUGCUUCUCUUAUAUGUGCCAAACUUGAAUUUUAAAUACAUUUUAAGUUUGGUUCUUUUUAGUCAUCUUUAAAAGACUUUUCUCAUUUUCUUUCCUCCAGAAGUGCUUUGUAACUACUUUUAUUAGUUUUUCCUCCAUAACUUUGAAAGCCAGUUAACUGCUAGUACAAUUCUAUGACUGAGAAGUCAAAGAAAAUCCAAAUUUAUGAGAAAUACUGGUUUAUAAUUUGAACAGAGCAUUAAAUUGAAUCUUUGGACCUAAUACACAUUCCUGACUUUUCCAAAAAUCUUUUAUAAGACCUGUGUGAAAAUGUGGAAUUUCAACCUCUGAUUGUUUAACCAGAUGUGAUGAUCAUAUGAUGUGAUCUUAGCUUCAAAAACAAGUGUUUGACAGGGGUGGGAACAGCACAAGGGAUAUGGUGAGGGUACACAGGUGAAUUGAUGGUGGGAAUUUCACCAGGACUAUAAUCAAGAUGAGAAAGCCUGUGUUGUACAAAAAUGAAGAACGAUGUAAAAAAUAUAAAAAAUAAAUAAAAAAUAGAAUCACACCAAAAAAAGUGUUUGA